AACGGCCCGGGACACCGAGGCCGAGUCGAAGAUUCUCGAAAGGAGAGGGCGGUUAGGGAAGAAGGAAGAGCAGUACGAAGCCGAGCAAGAAGGAGCACGCCCUUCUCCUCGAUUUGUGAUCCUAGGGAAGGAGAAGAUGCCGCAGGUGCGGAUCGUCGCCAAGACCUUCAUGGACAUGGUGGCGGCUUUGCCGGCUGUGAAGCUGGAGAAGCUCUACGACAGUGCUUUCAUCUGCGAAGCCGUUCUCAGAUCACUGCCCCCUAUGGCUAAGCGGUACAUUUUGCAAAUGCUGUACAUUGAUACUGCAGUAACAGCAAAGUCAGUCGAAGAAUGGUUGCUUCCUGAUGGGUUUUCCAAACACAAAGUGGCCAUUGAUAGGUUGCUUCAACUGAGGGUAUUCCUUGAAGUUAAUGACAGAAAGAAGGAGACAAGCUAUAAGAUAAACCCAAAGUUCCAGACCAAUAUUCAGAAGCACCUUGUGAAUGGUGGGACUUUACCUAGAGAACCAAUGCCAUUGAGUACGACCGUAAGAUUACCAACCUUAGAGGAUCUUGACACAUAUGCCUCAGAGCAAUGGGAGCGCUUCUUGUUGCAGCUAAUAAAUUCUUCUCAAGCAGCAAAGUUGACAAGUUUCAGUUCUUCCAUGAUAAAGGUUUUCCAGCGAGGGCUUCUAAGCUCCAAGGAAAAUGAAGUCCCCAAGUUAACUGAAAAUGGCUUCCAAUUUCUGCUGAUGGAUACGAAUGCACAAUUAUGGUACAUCAUUAGAGAAUACAUAUCUACUGCAGAGGAUCGUGGAGUUGAUCCCACAGACUUGAUAUCAUUACUUCUUGAGCUUAGCUUUCAUUCUCUUGGACAGGCAUACAACUUGAAUACUCUAACUGAUGUUCAAAGAACUGCUAUCAAAGAUCUUGGAGAAUUGGGGCUGGUCAAACUUCAACAUGGACGAAAAGAGGGUUGGUUUAUACCUACAAAAUUGGCUACUAAUCUUUCAGUGAGCUUCACUGAUUCAGCUUCAAACAAAGAGGGCUUUGUUGUGGUGGAGACAAACUUCAGAAUGUAUUCGUACUCAACGUCUAAAUUAUAUUCUGAGAUUCUACGUCUGUUUUCAAGGAUUGAAUAUCAACUUCCCAACCUAAUUGUUGGAGCUAUUACAAGAGAGAGUUUGUACAAUGCUUUUGAGAAUGGAAUCACAGCAGAACAGAUUAUUUCUUUCCUACAGCAGAAUGCACAUCCCCGAGUUGCAAAUAAGAUACCCACAGUUCCAGAAAAUGUUACAGAUCAGAUUAGGCUCUGGGAAAACGAUAGAAAUAGAAUCGAGAUGACGCCGUCCUACCUCUACGAGGAUUUCCCUUCAAAGGAAGUAUUCGAAGCAGCAUGUGAUUUUGCACGAGAAGCCGGUGGAGUGUUGUUUGAAGAUUCGAAAAACAUGCGUGUCAUCGUCCACGUAGAGGUGCACCAAGAUAUGAGAGAUUUUCUACGCCGUGCGCCAAAGUAAAUCCUUGGCGGCUCCAAUGCGAACAAUUCGAAUAUUGUUAAAGGAAAUGCACAAAAAGAAGGAAAAUUGCAAUUACGUGGAUCGACGAAUUAUUCAAAUAGAAUGGAUUCAGUUGGUGGAUUGGCACAAAAUGCAGUUGAUCUCAGGAGCCCAAAAAAUCUAAUGUUUCUUAAAUUUGCAGAGCGAAUAAAGAAAAGACAUCAGACUCAUCUUUAUAACCAUUUUAAGAAUUCUUAUAGAUGGUUUGGGACAGCUCACCAUUAUUUUACAGAUUCAAUCAUAUUGUGUUUCAAA